UCUAAUGCUAAAUUAAGAAUCGACAACAAGCAGACAACAAAACGUUUCAGGUUAACAUUAGGUAUUUCAUCUAUAUAUUUUACCCAUUAUUUCGCGCUUUCGCAUUAUGUCUUUAGUCUCCAUCGAAUGUCAUCCGCAAAACGUCAUUGCUGUGUUAUUAGUGAUAAUUCUCACGUUUAUAACAGCCUGAGAGGCAGCAGAAACACAAUGUGCAACCUCGAUAACAUUAUUACUUCUCCUUUACACCUGGAGAAUUUCUCAUUGAUAUAUUAUCAAUUUAAAGGUCUGCAAACGUACAAACACGUGCAAACGUAUUCAUCGUCUUAGAAACCUUGAUAUGAGAACAUUUACCAAUGUUAACAGUGUAGACUUUUGUCAAGCACGGGAGUUUUACAGUGUAGACUUUUGUCAAACACAGAUUUCUUACAGUGUAGACUUUUGUCAAACAAGGAUUUUCUAGGUUGGACUUGUUAGCUGUAGCCAUUUAAGCCUUUGUUGUACAGGUACGUCCUUUUUCUGGACCGUUUUGUGGUGAAAUGAUGUUUCGGCGGGGCAUUUUUUUCUGUGGUAUUCUUCUCUGCGGCUGUAUCACCUUCUACGCUAUUUUGGACAUGCUCCUGAUAGCAAGUACGUUCAACAGUGCCAAAUAUCUUCACAAAUUGAAGCGGGAAUUGCCGUGCCAGCUGAAGAGGAACGUGCCGUUUUCUACCAUAACAAGAGAGCAGGCGUCCAAAGAUGGAAACAAGACCGUCCUGCCAGAGUAUAGUCUGGAGAACAUGGUGCACUUUAACUCGUGUGCAGUCGUCAGUAGUAGCCACACACUGAGGUUUCAUACUUACGGACAGGAAAUAGACAGUCACGACGCCGUGCUAAGGUUCAAUUGUGCACCCACCGACAAGUUUGAGAAGUUCGUCGGAAACCGGACGGACUUUCGUCUCAUCAACACAAGAAUCCCUGAAAAAAGCUGCACGGAUGAGUUCUGGAGCGACAACAGUACCAUGUUCAAACAUGAAACCAUAAUCAUACGGAAUUUAGACGCGAUCAACUUGAAACGGCAAACCAUCAAUGUUAAACACGACCGUUACCGGGCUUUUGCUAACUUGAUUAAGUACAGGAAGACAUAUCCCAACCGGACUCUGCCUUUUAUACAGAGGCCUAAAUUCGGGCAUGCCAUCUUGACAGAAUUGCAGCGGUUCUGUGUCACUUCGAGAAUGUGUGCAAAGUCAAGAUUGAGUCCAAGUUCAGGCAUGCUUGGUGUUGUGAUGAUGAUGCACCUCUGUGACUGGGUGCAUGUCUACGAGCUCGUUCCGUCCAACAAGGAUGACACCAAACUUGUCUAUUACUUCGACGAGAAGAAAACGUGGCCUGCACGCCGUGAGCACUCGUAUGGCCAGGAAAGGGCUUACGUCAAGACUUUGUCGAUGACUCCCGAAAAUGACAUAGAAGAAAGCGGCGUGGUGCUUCUGAAAGGACUGUCACAGACUCCCUGCGUUUAAUACCGGUGUCUUCGGCGGCCACGUCUCCUGGACAUACUUGAAUCGGAUCUGAAGUACAAGAAAUUAACGCAAUAAAACUAGCAGUUCAGUAUCCUGCGUCUGUUUCUGAGAGCAGACAGUCGUAACUGUAAACAAAACCCAUCGAACGUCUUUGUUAGUCUAGACGUUGCAGAGUUCUAGAACAACAUUUUGUUUUCAUGAAAGAGACGCGGACGCUUUUACCGCAGUGGUAAACGUUGUAUAAUGCUGUAAAAUGUAAAGUAUUAAACAUCAAUGAAGUUGAACACAAAACGUUCAUGUUAUUCUGUCUGUUCUGUUCCGUUGGCAAACGAUUGAUUGAUACCUAAUAAAGUUUCGUUGAAGUUUUUAGAUCAGCGUCACUGAGCCCCAUCAUGUUACUAGUAGUACUUCAUUGCUGCAUCGCCAAGUGGCGCUUCAGUACGGCGGACGGACAAGUAGUCACCCUGUCAAAGAGACCAGAACUCUUUGACGUCAGGGCAAAACUGGUGACCAGGGGGCAGUUUCCUUCGUAAAAAACGAAUGGAGACACAAAUAUUGAUUACCAGGAACAGUAUCGUGUGGUGUUUGAAAUUGUAGAACUUGAUACAAUCAGGUGAGAUCAGAUGUAAU